AUGCUUUUGAGGCCUUCGACUAUGGAAUCUAAUCGAUAGGACCUCAAGGAGCCUCUCAUUAACUUAGGGCACUGGAUAGUGACCAUGAAAUAAUACACGGAGAAUAUCCAAUAGAAUUAUUUCGCUCAAUCUAUUCUAGUUCUUAGUAAAAUCAAAAAAAACUAUAAUAAAGAUAAAGAUUUAUAUACUCAAGUCUAUAAGGAGUGGUCUAAAUAAGAACUAGGUCGGACUGAUGAUUUUUAAAGCAAUUGGGUAGAUAUUGAAAAAGCAAUCAACAGGAUUGCAGAUCAGUUUAUCUCUGCUUACAACUCCCAAAAAAUCAGUGAUAUGAUGGCAAAAGUGACAAGAAUGUUCAGUUUUAAAUGUGAGUAGGUAAACAAAGAUUUGAAUAGCAAAAAGGAAGAACUAAUUAGAGCUGAGGACCACUUAACUGAAAGGAACAAUACCAGGAACUCGCUCAACUUUUUGUGGCUCGGCUCUUGGGUUGCUGCUGCCAUUGGCUAGGCUGUGAUAGCUAGCGAGGUUGCUGCUGCUCAAAUUGCUGUAAAACAUGCUUAUAGAACCUUGAAAAAAGCUAUUGCUUCGAAAUACGAGGUUCUGAUUGUCAGGUCAUGCAUAGUCAGCGCAUUAAUCUAAAUGAAUGCAAUUUCCCACCUCCAUCCUACCUUACUUUCAACUGUUCAGAUUAUGAAGUUCACGACUGCUAAGGUUACUUCGUUGGUCAAAGAAACUAAGAUAUAGAUUAAAAACAAUUCAGAAUACAAUCCACAAUUUGCUUCCGCUAUGCUUCUUGAGUAUUAUGAGACUAACAGCCAAUUGCUGGUAAGAUAUGUGCAAGCUUGGGACAUCUUGCAAUCCAAGGCCAUGUGGGGAAAACCAACAAUCAUUGCUAAGGGUUUUAUAUGA